AUUAAAUCUAUGCAAUGCAUGUGAUUUCAUCAACAUGUGAUUUCAUCAACCACUAAAUGUCCUCUUGAGUGUAUAUAUGUUUUCAAAGCACACAUACGUCAUUUUAAGAAGUAGGCUUCUAAGGCCUAGAUGAUGGUAGAACAACCUCUUGCACUGAUGAAUUACAGGAGCACAGAGCGCGGCCUAACGCGGCCUUGCAUGGCCAGGGCCGCAGUUCUCCAAGAGGGCAAACCAGGUGAACCGGAUGGCCUAAAAUCCUCAUUUUGAAGCCCAUGCAAGUGACAGGCCUCGUGCGGUGUGGGCAAAAAGACUUACAGAUUAGUCAGGCCUGUCUUAGGCCUGUGAGGUGUUUGUGUGUGUGUGUGUUUGUGUGUGUGUGUGUGUGUGUGUGUGUAGGCCUGUAGGCCCAACGUCAGUGGGCCUGGAAAGCCACUUAAAUGAUAUACAGGUGGCAAUAUAUAAGGAGCAGCAACCCUUGAACCCACAGUGUCAAGAGAUCAUCAGUCAACGGUCAAGGCCUACACAACCUCAGAUAUCAAACAGCAAAACAGACACCAUGGCAGCAGAGUGGGGUGAAGUAGUGAUGGCUGCAAGGAGAAGGGGAGACUACUCCACACAAGACUCAAUUUUCACCUACACAAAUGCAAACAACACUCGAGAUCCAUUUGAAGGCCCUAACUACCAUAUUGCACCUCGAUGGGUGUACAACAUUUCUACAUUGUGGAUGUUCUUUGUGGUCAUCGCCUCCGUAUUCACCAAUGGCCUGGUGCUGGUGGCCACAGCAAAGUUCAAGAAGCUCCGCCAUCCUCUUAACUGGAUUUUGGUCAAUCUGGCUAUUGCGGAUCUUGGAGAGACCGUUUUGGCCAGCACCAUUAGUGUCAUUAACCAAUUCUUUGGCUACUUCAUCCUCGGACACCCCAUGUGUGUUUUUGAGGGCUAUACUGUGUCUACCUGUGGUAUUGCUGCUCUGUGGUCUCUGACUGUCAUCUCUUGGGAGAGAUGGGUGGUUGUCUGCAAACCCUUUGGAAAUGUCAAGUUUGAUGCCAAGUGGGCCACUGGUGGCAUUGUCUUCUCAUGGGUCUGGGCAGCGGUCUGGUGUGCACCUCCCGUCUUUGGCUGGAGCCGGUACUGGCCUCAUGGACUGAAGACAUCCUGUGGACCAGACGUGUUCAGUGGAAGUGAUGACCCCGGAGUCAAGUCCUACAUGAUAGUCCUGAUGGUUACUUGCUGCUUCCUGCCCCUCGCUAUCAUCAUCCUCUGCUAUAUUGCUGUCUGGAUGGCUAUUCGUGCUGUAGCUGCCCAGCAGAAGGACUCUGAGUCAACACAGAAGGCCGAGAAAGAGGUGUCCAGGAUGGUGGUUGUCAUGAUCCUGGCCUACUGUGUCUGCUGGGGGCCAUACACAGUCUUUGCCUGCUUCGCAGCUGCUAACCCUGGAUAUGCAUUCCAUCCUUUGGCUGCUGCCAUGCCUGCCUACUUUGCCAAGAGCGCCACCAUCUACAACCCCAUCAUCUAUGUAUUCAUGAACAGACAGUUCCGCUCAUGUAUCAUGCAGCUCUUUGGCAAGGGGGGUGAUGAUGCAUCUGAGGUGUCCACAUCCAAAACAGAAGUCUCCUCAGUUUCACCAUCAUAAACUCCACAAAACAUCAUUCUGGUUGGGUAAAAGUCUUGAGUAUUGGGAAAAGAGAAUCAAAAAAGGAAGUUUUGUACAGUAUGUAUUGUUCAUCUCAGAUUUUUUUUGUUUAGGUACUGAAAUAAUUUUCAUAAUGGCUAAUAUUCAGUUUGAGUAAAUGCACCUCCUCUCUCAAAACUAAAGUCCAUUCAGUGGAGUAUCCCUUUGGGAUUCCAGUACACAUGCAAGACCUACUAAUGCCAACAGCCGAGAUGGAGAGGCAAAACAUACUCAGUCUCUUAUUUUUCUGCACAAUAAUGUCAGAAAAGAGUUUUGUUCAAAUGUUUUGCGAGUUGUGAGUGCAUUUACAUUAUUUAGGGGAAAAUGAUCCCGUAUUAUUUUUACAUAGCCAUCUUGCAAGGUGAUAAAAAUGCAAACAAAAUUACAUAGAUGACGCUUUCUACAGUGUUUAAAUGAAUCUGUAUUUUUCUUUUGAUGAAAAUAAAACCAUGCAGCACAUGAAAAACGCAACAUGGCUUCAAUUCAUUUGAUCUCUAGA